GGCGCGGUGAUGAUAGCGGUGUCGGCCAUCUUGGAGUCUCUUCAGUAUGUAUUUCGGGUUCUGAGAGCACGCGACUCAUUGAUUGACCUCUUGUCGUUAAAUAAGAAGAGAAACCGUUUUCGCGUCACCGUUUGACAUUUAUACGUAGCUAUUAUAUCUACGUUAGUGUUGCGUGUUGCUCUCCCGGAGGAUUGUUGAAAGAAACCGUCAUGGCGACCGCUACCCCGAGCCGUGAAGCUGGCCGGUCGGCGGCCUCCUCCACGCCUCUCUCCCCGACCAGGAUCUCUCGCCUGCAGGAGAAGCAGGACCUGCAGCACCUGAACGACCGGCUGGCCGUGUACAUCGACCGCGUCCGGUCUCUGGAGCUGGAGAACGACCGGCUGAUGGUCAAAGUGUCCGAGAAAGAGGAGGUGACGACCAGAGAGGUGAGCGGCCUGAAGGGUCUGUACGAGGCAGAGCUAGCUGAUGCUCGGCGGGUUCUGGAUGAAACGGCUAGAGAGAGAGCCAGGCUGCAGAUAGACCUGGGCAAGGCUCAGGCUGACCUGGAAGAGGCCACACGCAGUGCCAAGAAGAAGGAAAGUGAUCUUGCAGCAGCCGUGUCCAGGGCCGGUGGUUUGGAAGCCCAGCUGAACAAGAGUGAGGCCUCUCUUUCUACAGCUCUAAGCCAGAAUGCUGCUCUGUCCUCUGAGCUGGCUGAUGUCAAGGGCCUGCUGGCUAAGGCAGAGGACAGCCAUGCUGUUGCUAAGCGCCAGCUGGAGGCGGAGACGCUGAUGCGUGUAGACCUGGAGAACCGCUGCCAGUCACUGAGCGAAGAUCUGGAGUUCAGGAAGAGCAUGUUCGAAGAGGAGGUGCGCGAGUCGCGGCGUCGACAGGAGCAGAGGAUCGUGGAGGUGGACUCUGGAGUCAGACACGACUACGAGUUCAAACUGGCACAAGCUUUACAGGACCUGCGCAGGCAACAUGAUGAGCAGGUCUCUCUUUAUAAGGGAGAACUGGAGCAAACCUUCCAGGCCAAGUUGGACAAUGCCAAGGUGUCCUCUGAGAUCAACGACAAGGCAGUGGGCACAGCCAGGGAGGAGGUGCAGGAGUCCCGCAUGAGAAUAGAGAGCCUGGGAUAUCAGCUCAGUGCCCUGCAGAAACAGGUGGCUGCCUCCGAGGAUCGCAUCAGAGAGCUGGAGGAAGUUCUGUCUGCAGAGCGAGACAAGCACCGGCGUGCCAUGGAAGGAAAAGAACAAGAGAUGAGCGAGCUGAGAGAGAGGAUGAACGCUCAGCUCAGUGAAUACCAGGAGCUGCUGGACGUCAAGCUCGCCCUAGAUAUGGAGAUCAAUGCCUACAGGAAACUGCUGGAAGGAGAGGAGCACAGGCUGAAGCUGUCUCCCAGCCCGUCGGCUCGAGUCACCGUCGCCAGGACAACAGGAUCCUCCUCAUCCUCCCGCUCCUCCAAGAGGAAGAGGGCGGAGGUGGAGGCCAAGGAUCUGUCAGAGGUGACGAGAGGAGAGGGGCAGCUGCUCGUGUCUGAAGAAGCCACGGCCAGCGGUGCGGUCACCAUAUCGCCCACGGACAUGGACGGAAACGCUGUCACGCUGGCCAACGACUCUGAGCAGGACCAGCCGCUGGGCAGUUGGAGGUUGAAGAGACAGGUGGACAACGGGGACGAGGUGGUCUACAAGUUCUCCCCAAAGUUUGUCCUGAAGGCGGGCCAGACAGUCACGGUCUGGUCCGCUGAUGCUGGCGUGUCCCACAGUCCGCCGUCUGACCUGUUGUGGAAGAGUCAGACUUCCUGGGGCACAGGAAAUGACAUGGUUACCACUUUGGUCAACGCUGAUGGCGAGGAGGUGGCCACCAGAUGCGUCACCAAGACUGAGAUGGAGGUGGAGAAUGGAGAGGAGGAGGAGGAGGAAGAGGCACAGACGGGCAAGGUGUCCUCCAGAGAGUGUGCCGUCAUGUGAAGCCUUCCCCCUUUUGUGUCGGCUUUCACUUCCCCAUUAUAUAUAAAUAUAUAUUUCUCUAGAGCCACUCAGAUAUGAUCCUAUCCAUCGUCUAUCAUUAUGUGUUUGUUUUUUAUUGGACCGAUGGACUCUUUUUACUGCCCUCCACAUUUCUGGACCUCUUUUUUUAUUUUUUAACAAGUCCUUCUAAAUAUUA